AUGAGAUUGCCAUUUUUGCUCAUGCUGUUUUUACUCGGACAGAGUCUCAGCAUAAAAGUACCUGAAGACGACGAAUUUUAUGCCCCGCCACAUGACUAUAUCGACGCAAGACUCGGGGAGAUUUUGAAAGUGAGACCACCACCAAGCUCAAUCCGGUCUUUGCUUGCACCCAUCACAGCUAUACCAUGGCAAUUGUUAAUUCGCUCAGAGGACUCUUUUGGGAAUCCAAAUGUCGUAACCGCAACCAUUUUAGAGCCACCUGGUGCAGAUUCACAAAAGGUUUUGUCAUACCAGACAUUUCAAAACUCUGCGAAAAGAAGUUGUUGUCCGUCAUAUACCAUGCUUACUGCUUCCUUCGAAUCACUUGAAAUACAAGCCGAUCUAGCUUUUAUUUCCAUGGCCUUGUUCAUGAAAUGGUAUGUGUUAAUUCCCGACUAUGAGGGACCCAAGCUGGCGUUUCCUGUCUCGAAACAAUCAGCUCAUGCGGUUUUGAAUUGUAUGAAAGCAGCAAAAACAUUUAUAAGCCAAGAUGCUCUGUUUGCAAUGAUGGGCUAUUCAGGUGGUGCCUUUGCCUCCGCCUGGGCGGCAAUCUUGCAACCAAAAUAUGCGCCUGAAUUGAAGCUAGUCGGCGCUGCUUUGGGCGGCACAAUAGCCAACAUUAGCGCUCUAAUCAGAAAAGUCGAUGGUGGACCCUACGCGGGGUUGGUGGUGAACAUAUUGAAUGGGCUUGGUAACGAAUAUAAAAAAUUCAAAUUGGCUUUGCAUGUGUAUGGACCAUCAUUAAAAAGUUACUGUCUCUUUUCAGCUGCAACACAUUAUUUCGGUACAAGCUUCAACAAGGACGUAUAUCAAGAUAUAUUGGAGGAUAAAACAAUCAACUCCAUAUUCAACGAAAAUGAUCUUUUGGGUGCAAACAAAACAGUUCCUCGUGCUCCAAUGUUCCUUUACCAUUCAGCAAUUAAUGAAGUGGCACCAUUUAAGGAAGUCGACAAACUAUACGACUAUUGGUGUGAACAAGGUGUAACGGUGGAAUUAGCAGAAGAUAUGAGUUUCAACCACAUGAUGGAAGCAUUUGCGGGUAUACCUGCGUCUAUUACUUGGCUCAAUAAGAGGUUCAAGAAAGAACCAAUACUUGACCAUUGUAAAAGGAGUAAAAAAACAUCAAACUUUUUCUAUCCCGGAAGCCCACGUUUCAUUCGAAAGAAACUAAAGCAUACCCUACUGCAAAUAGUUUCACAGCUAAUAGUGAUUUGA